AUGUUCAGUCUCAUUACAAAUUGUUGCAUCUGGGCUCGGAAAGUUCAGGAACCAAUAAGAAAUGUUACUCUGCUGAUCCUUGGACUGAGCCACACAGGGAAAACGGCAAUAGUGAAAGGAAUACAAAAAGAAUCUCCUUUCUUAAUUCGUCCAAGUGGUGGAUUUUCCAGGACUGAUCUCAUGGUAGAUCGGUUUAAUGUGACAAUAUUUGACCUUGGAGGAGAGGAGAAAAUCCGAAGUACUUGGAAGAAUUAUUAUCCUGAAGCCCAUGGUUUUAUUUUCGUUGUUGACUCUACGGACAUGAAGCGGAUGGGGGAAGCUGGAAAUGUUCUGUCUGAAGUACUAAGCGAUCAAAAGAUGUCUGGGAAGCCUGUCCUUGUCUUAGCGAACAAGCAGGAUAAAACUGAGGCACUACCAGAGUUCGAUAUUAUUGAGCAGCUAUCCUUGGGGAAACUGGCUAAUGAAAAUAAAUCCAUCUGCCAUAUUGAACCAUGCUCAGCUACUUUGGACUAUGCUGAAAAGAAACUAGACAAGACCAUUUUCAAGGGGUUGAGAUGGUUGCUGUGUGCAAUUGCCAAGGACUACACCAAUCUGUGUGCACGAUCAAUCCAUGAUAGUACAGCAGCAAAAGCUAAACAACAGGAACAACCAGCAGGAGCACAGUCCAUACGCAGGAUACAAGGAGAAAGGAAAAGACAGACCAGAGUUAGAUUGGAGAAGCAGAAGCGACAGCAUUUGAAAAACUUUGACGUCACACCUCAUACAAAGAUCAACCCUUUGAACCGUACAAAUAUUGGCAUCAAUGCUCAGGAUGAAGAAAAAAUCAAAAACGUAUUUGUAACUAGGAAGAGAAAGAAAAAGCUCAGGAUUGGUGGAGGCAAUCUGACUUUGCCUGGAACCAGGAGGCUGCCUGAUGGAAAGGAUUCCCCUUCAGAUAUGGGUAGCAGUGCACUUGUAUCUGAUAACAGGAGGAAUGAGAGAGGUGAUGGAAAUGUCCCACAGCUAGACAAUUCUCAAACAGCAGAGAAGAACACAUUGAUGCCAGGCUGUGUAAUCACAGAACCAACCAUAGAUGAAAAGAGAAACAAACAGAAGAAACUAAAGAAAAGCAAGAAUAAAAUCAAUUCAGCUGACACCGAAGAUAAUUUUUCAAGAAAUGUGGACUUAACUGCACCUCUGGAUCUCUACAGAAAAGCACUCCUUGCAUUAAAGACCAGACCUCAAGCAAACAACUAAGCAGCUUAUUCAAUAAAACAGUAAAGAGAAAUAUCAAAAUAAUUAUUGCAAGAUUUUGAGUUACUGGAUACUCUUCAUCCUGGAGUAUAUGAACAGUUAAUACUUUACUUGAAGCCCAUGCUUUCUUGAACUAUGUCCAUUGUUGGAAUUGAUUGGGUAGGAUGAACAAAUUUCAAUGAAUGCCUUUACUGUUUCUCUGUAAGAUUUCAAGAAAAUAUUGGCAAAUCAUGCAAAUUAGUAAUCAUUUAUCAUGGCAAAUUUAUCAGGUUAUAAUUGACCAAAUGCUGCAGGAGACCUAAAAUCCUGGUGGCCACCCAUAUCAGAUUGUAAUCCAGAGUCAAUCCAGAGCUCUUUUAUGCUUAAUCAACACAUCUUUUCCAUUCCAUGUCUUUCCUUUUCAUCUGUUAUAUUUUGUAUUCUUUGUUUCUUGCUUAAUAGUCUUCAAGGGGCAGGCAUUGACUUGUUGCUUAAUCUUUAAUGUUAUGAAGAGAGGUAGAAUCUUGUGAUAUAGUGGCUGUAUUCCUAGCUCUGAGCCUGAAGGUCUGUGUUCAGAUCCCACCUACCCAGGAGGGGUGUUUUAACAAGUUGAUUAAAAACUUGAUAACAAUAUCCAUUGGUAUCUUUGAGUAACCAGUUCUGGACACCAUACUUUGGGAACAAUAUGAAGGCUUCAGCGAGGAUGCAGGAAAAAUUUAUGAGAAUGUUUACAUGGAUCAGGAACUUCAAUCACAAGGAUAAAUUGGAGGAGCUGUGCUUGUUUUCUGGAAUGCAUCAUGUUCCCUCGUAAUGAGAUUUUAAUUUAAUACAUUUCCAUUGGCUUUUUGAUUCUUCUUUGUUACAGUGUCUGAACUGUUCAAUAUUUACUUUAAAGGAGUAGAUUGAUAGAAUUUUUCCAAUUGGCUGAAAGUCCAAGAACCAGAGAACACAAAAAUUUAUGGCUAUUGGUAAAAGAACUGAAGGCUGUGUGAGGAAACACUUUAUAGAGCAAAGGCAAUCUGGAAUGUACAGCCUGAGAGAAUGAUGGAUGCAAAUUGAGUCAUAUUUUUCAAAAGGACAUUGAAUCAAAACAUUUCACAGGACUGGGUGGGGGUGUGGGACUAACUGAGCAGCUCUUGAAGAGAGCUGACACAGAUCUGAUGGCCUGAUUGGUCUCCUUCUGCAUUUAACCAUUCUAUGAUUCUAUUCUAUGAUAAACAAGGAGAUUACAAGCAUUCUAAAUUCAUAGCCAAUUAUAUUGUUAGAAAGAAAUUGACUCAAGAUGAUUUUGUAUCAUUGAAUCUAGCUAUC